AUGAAGCUCCAGGAUACUCGAAUUACGCCGUCCAAGAUCCAGGUCUUGGACACCCACGCCGCUUUGGCCUUUGCUGGCCUGAAUGCCGAUGCACGAAUCCUCGUCGACAAGGCCCGAUUAGAAGCUCAGUCCCAUCGUCUGUCCGUGGAGGAUCCCGUCACCAUCGACUACAUCACCAAAUAUGUUGCAGGAGUGCAGCAGCGAUACACCCAGGCCGGUGGUGUACGACCAUUCGGCAUCAGCACGCUUGUUGUUGGCUUUGACCCCGGCAGCAAGGUCCCCAGACUGUAUCAGACUGAGAAGGCGAACGCCAUCGGCCGAUCGAGCAAGACGGUGCGUGAGUUCCUCGAGCGCAACUACAAGGAGGAUAUGGAUCGUGAGGCUACUAUCCGGCUGGCUAUUAAGUCUCUUCUCGAGGUGGUGCAAACUGGUGCAAAGAACAUCGAAAUUGCGCUCAUGGCCCCUGGUGCUGCCAUGGAGAUCCUGCCGACUGACGAGAUUGAGGGGUACGUCAAGGAGAUUGAGCAGGAGAAGCAAGAAGAGGCUGCCAAGAAGAAGACUGGACGGACACCCGGAACAGGCAGUGCAGCAAUCCUCACGAGAGGCCAGGACGAUUCUGCUGCUGAAUAA